AUGAAGUCAGAAGUCUUCCUGGGGCUGCUGCUGAUCCUCAGCCUGUUCCAGGCAUCCCUACCUUCUUCCUAUGAUCUGGCAGAGGAGCUGUCGGACAGGUCCCUCCUGAGCAGCGUGAAGGACGCCAAGCGGAUGGUGGAUGCAGCCUACAAGCGCACACGGGACCGGAUGAAGCAGCUCCUGCAGAACAACAUCUUGAGCCCAGCAGAGCUUCUGGGGUACAGCAAACAGCCAGUGGCAGGGACCCGAGCUGCUGCCCGGGCUGCAGACUACAUGGAGACCACCCUGAGCCUCCUCAAGGAGAAGCUGAGAUGGGUUGUGAAGGGGGACUUCAAUGUCACAGACCUCCUGACACCAGCUCAGCUGGAGAUGAUCUUCAAGGCAAGUGGAUGUGACCAGCAGGAUAAGAAAAUGAGCUGUGACUUCUCUUACAAGUACAGAACCAUCACUGGAGAGUGCAACAACAGGAGAAGUCCAUCACUAGGAGCUUCCAACAGAGCCCUGGUCAGAUGGUUGCCAGCAGAAUAUGAGGAUGGUGUGUCAAUCCCCUAUGGGUGGACAGAAGGAACCUUGGUCUCUGGAUACCCCUUCCCACUGGUUCGGAACGUGUCCAACGAGGUCAUCCGCUUCCCCCCAGAGCAGCUCAAGCUGGACCAGCAGCGAUCCCUCAUGUUCAUGCAGUGGGGCCAGUUUGUUGACCACGACCUGGAUCUCAGCCCAGACACCCCAGCCAGAGUCUCUUUUGGUGGAGAUGUGGACUGUGGUACCAGCUGUGCCAAGGACCCUCCUUGUUUUCCCAUCACGAUCCCACCUGACGACCCCCACUUUAAGAACAUGAAGCAGUGCCUGCCCAUGGUGCGCUCCGCUCCCGCCUGCACCAGCGGCAGAGCCAUCCGGGACCAGCUCAACGCCCCCACCUCCUUCCUCGAUGGCAGCCAGGUGUACGGCAGUGAGGUGGCCUUGGCCACCAAGCUGAGGAACCACACCAGCCAGCUGGGCUUGAUGGCUGUCAACCAGCAAUACAGCGACAAGGGCAGGGCGUACCUGCCCUUCGACACCAUGCAGAAUGAUCCCUGCUUGAUAGUCAGUGGGAAAGCUAAAAUUCCCUGCUUCAUUGCAGGUGACCCUCGAGCCACUGAGAUGCUGGAGCUGACGUGCCUGCAAACCCUCUUCAUGCGGGAGCACAACCGCCUGGCCACCCAGCUGAAGACACUGAAUCCCCACUGGGAUGGAGAGAAGCUCUACCAGGAGGCACGGAAGAUUGUGGGUGCUAUCAUCCAGAUCACCACCUACAGGGACUACCUUCCUCUCCUGUUGGGAAGUGCAUUCCACAGGUUCAUCCCUCCCUACCGGGACUAUGAUGAGUCUGUAGACCCUCGAAUCUCCAACGUCUUCACCCUGGGUUUCCGCUUUGCUCAUGCUUCGGUUCCUCCGACCAUCGACCGCUUGGAUGAGAAUUUCAAGUCCCUAAUCCCCAAAAUUAAACUCAGCACUUCCUUCUUCGCUCCCUGGAGGAUCAUUCAAGGAGGUGGUAUUGAUCCCUUCCUGAGGAGCCUGAUGGCUAACCAGGCCAAGCUGAUGACACCAAAGCAGAUAAUGGUGGAUGACCUCCGGAACCAUUUGUUUGAGCAGGUUCAAAAGAUUGGUUUGGAUUUGGCCUCCCUCAACAUGCAGCGUGGCCGAGACCACGGCCUGCCAGGUUAUAACUCCUGGAGAAGAUUCUGUAGGCUCUCCCAGCCUUCUGACCUGAAGGAACUUGCUGAUGUGUUGAACAAUCCUGACCUGGCAAAGAAGUUCCUGGAGCUGUAUGGGACACCCAAGAACAUUGACAUUUGGAUUGGGGCACUUGCAGAGCCCUUUGUGACUGAAGGCAGAGUUGGACCUCUCCUGGCUUGUCUCAUUGGCACCCAGUUCAGGCACAUCCGUGAUGGGGACAGGUUUUGGUGGGAGCACAGAGGAGUUUUCACGGAGAAGCAGCGCUCUGCACUGUCCCAAAUCUCCUUGUCACGAGUAAUAUGUGACAACACCCACAUCUCUCAGGUACCCCAAAACAUCUUCCAGGCCAACCAUUACCCUCAGGACUUUGUGAGCUGCAGCAAGAUCCCAAAGCUGGACCUUGGAGCCUGGAAGUCAGUGACGACUGAGGAAUUUGCAGGACAAGAAAAACCAUCUGGUGACCUUUAA